GAGGGAGCUUGUAAACAUGGUCAUUGCCAAUAAUGUAAUCCGCCUGCGAGAGAUUCAAAGGAGACUGAUUAAGGAUAAUAAUCAUUUUCCAGGAAUAAAUGCCAUCAGCCUCUCCACAAUUGACCGCAUCCUCCGAAAGCACCAGUUCCGGAUGAAACAGGUAUACCGCGUCCCUUUUGAACGAAACUCUGACAGAGUGAAAGACCAACGAGUGGAAUAUGUUCAGAGAAUCUUUGAGAUUGAAGGCUGGCCUGUUCCCCAUGAAAUUAUCUUUGUAGAUGAGGCUGGUUUCAACCUGACCAAAAGAAGGAGAAGGGGGAGGAACAUAAUUGGCCAUCGGGCUAUUGUAAAUGUCCCUGGUCAGCGCGGAGGGAAUGUCACUAUGUGCGCAGCCAUCAGCCAACGAGGGGUACUCCACCGCCAUGCCAUUUUAGGACCCUAUAACACUAUGCUCCCCUUUGCUUUCCUUGACGGUCUAAGAGAGCAUAUGUUCCAGUUGGACCACAGGGAACCAGCACAACCAGAGCACCCUCACUACGUUGUUGUUUGGGAUAACGUCAGCUUCCAUCGCGCUGCUCUGGUUCGAGACUGGUUUACCAAUAACCCGAGAUUUUCAAACAUCUUUCUGCCUGCAUACUCUCCCUUUCUAAACCCAAUAGAGGAGUUUUUUUCAGCAUGGCGGUGGAAAGUGUAUGAUCGAGAACAUUACAUGCGUGUUCACCUCGUCUUGGCCAUGGAAGAAGCCUGCCAAGAUGUGUCAGUAGAUGCGUGCCAGAGGUGGAUCAGGCAUGCAAGAGGAUUUUACCCCCGCUGCCUGGCAAGGGCUAAUAUAGCCUGUGAUGUGGAUGAGAUUCUCUGGCCUGACCCAGACCAAAGACGGGAGGCUGAGGCGGAAUAA